GGAGAGAAUCCGGACUGCGAGCCCGGCGGCUGCCGCAGCGGCGGAGGGCAGCCCGGAGACGCUACUCCAACUGUUGAAUUGAAUUUUCACCUUCCAUUUCCUCCGCGCCUUGGCUGGCGGAGAUGGAUUUAUUCGGUUUGAAAUCGGCACGUCUUUCUCAGGCUUUGGGGUGAUUCUGAGAGGCGCCAGACUGAAAGAGACCACCCGUGACUGAAAAAAAUAAUAAUAAUAAGGAGGAUUUAGAAAGAAAAAGAAAAAAAAAAAACCUCCACAACAGACUGCACAAUUAGCUAUGCACACCGAUUGCUGGACUUUGUGAAUAGAGACCUCUGGGAGGAAAAUCUUGAACUGUGAUCUUGGGCUAAGCCGUGAAUCAUUACUGGAAACGUGUUUUUCCCCCCUAAGACUGAGAGAUUUGGGGGCAUCUCACGCCUAACCAAGGUUUUUUUUUAAACAAACAAACAAACAAAUAAAUAUUCGUAAGCAAAGCAGACGCCUUGUUUUGCAGAGCCUCGGACACCGGCCGAAAGAGGUAGAGUAAAGUGCUGCUGGGUUCAGCUUUGCCUUCCUCCCCCGCUCUCUUUUUCUCCUUUUCUCUGCCCCCACCCCCUAUGAAUCCAGCUUUUUUUUUUUUUUUAAUUUUUUUUCUAUUGAGUGAGUCAGAGAAAGCGUUAGGAAGAAGCCGCAACUAAUGUCUGUGAAGGGAGGCCCGUGAGGGCAGAGUGAAUACGAUUCGUUCCGCUGCUUCUGACUCAUCCGGCAGAUCAGAACACCUGCAUUUCUGGAUGUGUCCUGCCCCUAUACCGAGGCGCCUGGAGAAGCAGAAAUAAUGUGUAGAUCGAGCCGUUCCUAACCUCCCUUUGGUGGUGGAGGUACUUUCCCCCGGGUGGGCGCCCUGGCAGAACCCCGGUGGCCGCAGCUCCUCACCCUCUGCCCUCCCCAAGCCGAUCAGAGACCGUGAGAGCCAGGCUGCAGAAUGCAUCACGCCAAACCUUGAUGUGUUCCCUCCACCCUACGCCUCCCGUUUAAAAUCAUAAUAAUAGUAAUAAUAAUAAGGGGGUUAAAAACCCGCACUUUAUUUUCCACUCUUGUUCCUCGCCAAGGUUUUCCUUGCUAGAUGAAAAGGACUGGGAGGCUGGGCCACUGGAAGGAGAUGCUGAAUAGAAAGAAAAGAGCCACUUGACAGCCCAGCCCUGUGAAUGCAGAGACUGUUUCCCUUCUAGCGAGAGACAGGGCGAGUGUGUGUGCUAGGGCUGGGAGGAUUGCUUCCCCCUCCUUUCUAUUCUGCCCUCCCCCCUUCAGAUCUGCACGUCUAACCAUGAGUUGCCUGUUGAUUUCCUUUCGCCUGGCAAGAGAAGCAAACUGGAAUUAAACUUGCUUGCAGGAAGAGGAUGGGAUGGUAGUGGCUGCUCCGGGCUUGGCGUAGAUACACCAGAGUGUUCGACGAACCAAGGCGGAGAUAUAGCACUAUAUUUUCUCCUCCCAAUAGGCUCUCGCCGCAAAUGCUGAUCAGGCUGUGGCUUUUUUGAUUUUGUGGGAGAGCCUUCUCCGAGGAAGAGAGGGAGGAGCUUGGUAGGGGGAGGAAACUACAAAUCGGGACACUAGGGGUUUUUUUUUUUUUUUUGCGCUGCAUUUCCUCUCCUCCCUUUGACUGCUCGGAAAGGAGAGAGAGAAAGAAAAAAAAGAAAAGAAAAAAAGACUUGGCUCGGAGAUGCAGUCCGCUGCCGCCGCCACUGCCUAAACCAGAAAUGCAAGAUUAGAUCUUUAAAUGCAGCAAUACACUGCCUGAAAGCCGACCAUCCUGCACAACGAGCAGACAUUUCUCUGCGUUCCAGGGGAAGCCUCAAAUAUAACUAUGUAUCUGUGACUCUCUCUUCGUCCCUAUUCAUUCCCAUCAAUUUCCUCACCGAUUACGAGUAACUAAGGAUUCCACUUUCCGAUUUGCCUGGAGACACACCUCCCUAAGCCCUCCCCCAACCCGAUUCGAAGAGUAUAUUCUGUAGGCUACCAGAGGGAGUGGAUUUUGCAGCGCCUAGCGGGAGCGAAGAAAACCCACCAAUUCUUCAGCUCAUUAUCAUCUCUCCCAGACUCUAUUUCCUUCUUAUCGCCAGCAUCAUCACGCAAGUUUGAGCCUUCUGAAGUCCAGGCGGAAGAGACAAAGCCUUGGGCUCACCCUUAGCCUUAGGAAGCCGCCGCCUAGCUCCGAGCUGCUGCAGCCUCGCUGCGCGGCUGCUUCUCACCCAAUGCGAAUGCUGUAGAUCAACAGGUUCGGGCAACUUGAGCGGAAUAAGGAGAGACUGGUGCCGCAGCCCGGGUGCGGAGGGAAGGAAGGACUCCCAGACUUGUGGCUCGCUCUGAGCUCCGACGCUCCGCCCCGGUUCCAGACUGGCGCGCACCCACCAGCUCGCACCUCCAGUCCGGCUGCUCCUGCUCCCACCCCACCGGUCUGGGAUGUACCUUUCCAUCUGUUGCUGCUUUCUCCUGUGGGCCCCUGCUCUGACACUCAAAAACCUCAACUACUCAGUGCCAGAAGAGCAAGGGGCCGGCACGGUGAUAGGCAACAUAGGAAAAGAUGCCCGACUGCAACCCGGGCUUCCGCCGGCUGAGCGCGGUAGCGGCGGCGGGCGAGGCAAGUCGGGCAGCUACCGGGUGCUGGAGAACUCCGCACCGCACCUGCUGGACGUGGACGCCGACAGCGGGCUCCUGUACACCAAGCAGCGCAUCGACCGUGAGUCCUUGUGCCGCCACAAUGCCAAGUGCCAGCUGUCCCUAGAGGUGUUCGCUAAUGACAAGGAGAUCUGCAUGAUCAAGGUAGAGAUACAGGACAUCAACGACAAUGCUCCCUCUUUCCCCUCGGAUCAGAUCGAAAUGGACAUCUCAGAGAACGCGGCACCCGGAACCCGCUUCCCCCUUACUAGCGCACACGACCCAGACGCUGGCGAGAACGGUCUCCGCACCUAUCUGCUCACCCGCGAUGAUCAUGGCCUCUUUGCACUGGACGUCAAGUCUCGCGGCGACGGCACCAAGUUCCCUGAGCUGGUCAUCCAAAAAGCUUUGGACCGCGAGCUGCAGAACCACCACACUCUGGUGCUGACUGCCCUGGAUGGCGGAGAGCCUCCGCGCUCCGCCACGGUGCAGAUCAAUGUGAAGGUGAUCGAUUCUAAUGACAACAGUCCAGUCUUCGAGGCUCCGUCAUACUUGGUGGAACUGCCCGAGAACGCACCCCUGGGCACCGUGGUCAUUGAUCUGAAUGCCACCGAUGCUGAUGAAGGUCCCAACGGAGAAGUGUUGUACUCCUUCAGCAGCUAUGUGCCCGACCGCGUGCGGGAGCUCUUCUCCAUUGAUCCCAAAACCGGCCUUAUCCGCGUUAAGGGCAACUUGGACUAUGAGGAGAAUGGUAUGUUGGAGAUCGACGUGCAGGCCAGAGACCUAGGUCCUAACCCAAUUCCAGCCCACUGCAAGGUCACAGUCAAGCUUAUCGACCGCAACGACAACGCGCCGUCCAUUGGUUUCGUCUCCGUGCGGCAGGGGGCGCUGAGCGAGGCCGCCCCGCCUGGCACAGUCAUCGCCCUGGUUCGGGUCACUGACCGAGACUCAGGCAAGAAUGGGCAGCUGCAGUGUAGGGUACUAGGUGGAGGAGGGACUGGCAGUGGAGGCAGCUUGGGGGGUCCCGGUUCGGUCCCCUUCAAGCUUGAAGAGAACUAUGACAACUUCUACACUGUGGUUACUGACCGUCAGCUGGACCGCGAGACACAGGACGAGUAUAAUGUGACUAUCCUGGCCAGGGACGGGGGAUCCCCUCCACUCAACUCCACCAAGUCUUUCGCUGUCAAGAUUCUAGAUGAGAACGACAACCCUCCUCGUUUCACCAAAGGUUUGUACGUCCUCCAAGUGCAUGAGAACAACAUUCCAGGAGAAUACCUCGGUUCAGUGCUCGCCCAAGAUCCCGACCUGGGACAGAAUGGGACAGUGUCCUACUCCAUUCUCCCCUCGCACAUUGGCGACGUGUCAAUCUACACCUAUGUGUCCGUGAACCCCACUAAUGGGGCCAUAUAUGCCCUGCGCUCCUUUAACUAUGAACAAACGAAGGCUUUUGAAUUCAAGGUACUGGCUAAGGACUCCGGGGCGCCAGCACACUUGGAGAGCAACGCCACGGUGAGGGUGACAGUGUUAGACGUGAAUGACAACGCUCCAGUGAUUGUGCUGCCCACUCUACAGAACGACACAGCUGAGCUGCAGGUCCCGCGAAAUGCUGGCCUGGGCUACCUAGUAAGCACAGUGCGCGCCCUGGACAGUGACUUUGGAGAGAGCGGGCGCCUCACAUAUGAGAUUGUGGAUGGCAACGACGACCACCUGUUUGAGAUUGAUCCAUCCAGCGGCGAGAUCCGCACGCUGCACCCCUUCUGGGAAGAUGUGACCCCCGUGGUGGAGCUUGUAGUGAAGGUGACCGAUCAUGGCAAGCCCACCCUGUCCGCGGUGGCCAAACUCAUCAUUCGUUCAGUGAGCGGCUCUCUGCCUGAAGGGGUACCGCGAGUGAAUGGGGAGCAGCACCACUGGGACAUGUCGCUGCCUCUCAUAGUAACUCUAAGCACGAUUUCUAUCAUCCUCCUAGCGGCCAUGAUCACCAUAGCUGUCAAGUGCAAACGGGAAAACAAGGAGAUUCGCACUUACAACUGCCGCAUCGCCGAGUACAGCCACCCACAGCUAGGCGGGGGGAAGGGCAAGAAGAAGAAAAUCAACAAAAACGAUAUCAUGCUGGUGCAGAGCGAGGUGGAGGAGAGGAACGCCAUGAACGUCAUGAACGUGGUGAGCAGUCCCUCCCUGGCCACCUCCCCCAUGUACUUCGACUACCAAACCCGCCUGCCCCUCAGCUCGCCCCGGUCAGAGGUGAUGUAUCUUAAGCCAGCCUCCAACAACCUGACUGUCCCGCAGGGGCACGCAGGCUGCCACACCAGCUUCACCGGACAAGGGACUAAUUCGAGCGAGACCCCUGCCACUCGGAUGUCCAUAAUUCAGACAGACAAUUUUCCCGCAGAGCCCAAUUACAUGGGCAGCAGGCAGCAGUUUGUUCAAAGUAGCUCCACGUUUAAGGACCCAGAAAGAGCCAGCCUGAGAGACAGUGGGCACGGGGACAGUGAUCAGGCUGACAGUGACCAAGACACUAACAAAGGCUCCUGCUGUGACAUGUCUGUUAGGGAGGCACUCAAGAUGAAAACUACUUCAACUAAAAGUCAACCACUUGAGCAAGCAUUCCCGACUUUGCUUUCCUUUGCUAUCCUCACCCUACACACCAUCACUACUAGACUUCAGUCUGUUGAUCCGCUUCCUCCAGAACCGGAAGAGUGCAUUAAUUGCACAGAUGAAUGCCGAGUGCUUGGUCAUUCUGAUAGGUGUUGGAUGCCACAGUUCCCUGCAGCCAAUCAGGCUGAAAACGCAGAUUACCGCACAAAUCUCUUUGUACCCACAGUUGAAGCUAAUGUUGAGACUGAGACUUAUGAAACUGUGAACCCCACUGGGAAAAAGACUUUUUGUACAUUUGGAAAAGACAAGCGAGAGCACACUAUUCUCAUUGCCAAUGUGAAACCUUAUUUAAAAGCCAAACGUGCCCUGAGCCCUCUCCUCCAAGAGGUCCCCUCAGCAUCUAACAGCCCGACCAAGGCAUGCAUUGAGCCUUGCGCCUCCACAAAAGGCUCCCUGGAUGGCUGCGAAGCAAAACCGGGGGCUCUAGCCGAAGCAAGCAGUUCCUACCUGCCUACUGACAGUCAGUAUCUGUCGCCCAGUAAGCAACCAAGAGACCCUUCCUUCAUGGCUUCUGAUCAGAUGGCAAGAGUCUUUGCGGAUGUGCAUUCCAGAGCCAGCAGGGAUUCCAGCGAGAUGGGAGCCGUGCUGGAACAGCUUGAUCACUCCAACAGAGAUCUGGGCAGAGAGUCCGUGGAUGCCGAAGAAGUUGUGAGAGAGAUUGACAAGCUCUUGCAGGACUGCCGGGGAAAUGACCCUGUCGCUGUGAGAAAGUGAGGGGGGAAAGGGCCUUGGCAUUUUCUUGUCUCUUCUGUUGAUUUAAACAUGAUUACCCCCCAAGUGACAACCCAUUUUACGGGGGUGGACCAGGAACAGUACUGCUUUAAGGCUUUUAGUGAACAUCUGAAGUGCCCACAAGUAUGUUCUUUUCACUGCUGUUUCUUUUACAGAAAUAACAAUGGUUUUGACCAAACAUAUAUUAGGACAGAAUUAAUGACGCUUAAGGAGAAACGAGAAAAGAGAGAGUGAAGAAAACGGAGGAGAGAGAGAAGACAAAGGAGGAUGAGGAGACAAGUUACCUUUUGACAAUCUGUUAGGAAGGUAUUCAGCGUGAGACUUAAAGUAUUUCUGAUUGCUCUAAGACUGUCCUCCGAGAUGGAUGCUGACUUAACUGUUUACCUAUAAACCCCACACAAAGCAGGGUCUUAUUUGUUAUCUGUGGUGGGUUUCUAGCUGAUAUCACAGGCUUCUACUGAAAGUCCUGAAUAGACCUUGCAGUAGUCCAAGCUACACCAAACAUUAACACAUAUUUGUGGUAAACAUUUCUGUAUAAAGUACCUGCCAAGCAUAGAAACACAAAGACCAUUUCAUAUCAUUAGUCAGAAAGCAAAAGUAUAUAUAUAAUAAUAAUAACAAAACAGAAAAAAAAUACAACAACGAAAAAAACCUUGGUCAUUUGUAAGACACCUCAUGUCGUAUAAAAGCUCAAUGUAAAAAGAUAUAGUCCGUGUUGUCCUGAACACAUGCAGACCUAUUCACUUCAUUAAAGAAGAAAAUUUGAAGACUUAAAAAUGUCUACUUAGCAUUUUAGUGUCCAACAAAGAUAUAAAUGAUGGUGAAUUUGUUUUACAUUUGAACAUAUCUGAAUCAUGGGCUAUUAUUAAGUGGUAAUAUUGAGAGAAAAUUAAGAUGACUUAAAUGUUUAAUUCAUUUUUGGACACUAAAAUAGCUCAGAAAAGUGAAAAAAUUAGACAUAACUGAUCACAUGACCAUUUAAAUGUGCAGAUGUAAGAAGAUUCAAUGUGUUUACAUCAAAUGACAUAUUUUUAUUGAUUUAUUGCAGAUUCCGUGCAUAUGAGCCAAAUUGUUGAGUGUAUAAGAGCUAUAUUGUGUAUUUUAUUAAAUUAAUAUAUAGUUGUGUUGCAAAAAUAUUUGGGCUUAUAUUGUAAAUGGCAAGUGUUGCCUCGGUAGCUGUCGAACUCUAUGAGUUUUGUUUUUUCCUGCUUCCUUUUCCCCAUGGAGCGUGGGAAGCAGUGCCUCAGAGCAAAGUCUCUUGUUUAAUGUAUAGUCUACCAAGUACUACAGUACAUAAUUCUGUUCAAAACGUGUUUGAGUGAGCUGAUGGAGCUAACUGAAAGGUCCAAAAAAACAAAAAAAAUACAUCUGUCAUUCAUAGUUCUGUGCAAGUCCUUGUAGAAUCUUUGAUUAAAGUCAUGUAAAAUCACAAGAACAAGAACUACAUUUUGUACCAAUACCUGAAAAUUCUUUACCAUGUUUUCAAUAACAUAAAGCUUCUGCCUAUGUAGAUAUCAUAGCAUUGAUUGGUUCUCAAAAGUAUCUUCAGUGGUUCAGGUGUAUGUGUACAUCAUAUUACUAAACAUGACAAAUGUUUUAAUGCAUGUGUAGUACCAGUACUGGUUACAUGCAUUGUGUACUGUGUUUUAAGUGGUCUUGGUGUUAACAAAAUUUGUUUUUCUUUA